UAUUGUUUUCAUUCAUUUUAUCCCUGUUUCAGUGUGAGAGCCCUAUCAUGUGGAAGUGUACACUGUAGUAUUUUUAUUAUAAUUCGUUGCAGUUUUGUCUCCCCGGUCAGAUAUAUGCGUAUUUCCAGCGGUUGAGCUGCUGCUAGCAGUUUUUUAGAAACAAACAUGGCGGGAGUGAUUCGGAGGCUCGAUGAGACUGUUGUUAACAGGAUCGCAGCGGGAGAAGUUAUCCAGCGUCCUGCCAACGCCGUCAAAGAAAUGAUCGAAAACUGUUUGGACGCAAAGGCCACCAACAUCCAGGUGACUGUGAAGGACGGAGGCCUGAAGCUCCUUCAGAUCCAGGACAACGGCACUGGGAUCAGGAAAGAAGACAUGGAGAUAGUUUGUGAGCGGUUCACCACCAGCAAACUGCAGACCUUCGAGGACCUUUCAGCGAUUGCGACCUAUGGGUUCAGAGGAGAGGCUCUUGCCAGUGUCAGCCAUGUGGCUCAUGUUACCAUAACAACAAAGACGGCUGAUGCAAAGUGUGCUUACAGAGCGAGCUACAGCGAUGGCAAACUGAAGGGCCCCCCUAAGCCCUGCGCCGGGAACCAGGGGACCCAGAUCCUGGUGGAGGACCUUUUCUAUAACGUGUCCACCAGGAGGAAGGCCCUGAAGAGCCCGGCAGACGAAUACUCCAGGAUCGUGGACGUGGUCAGCAGGUACGCUAUUCACAAUUCAGGAAAAAGCUUCUCAGUCAAAAAGCAAGGAGAGACAGUGGCGGACGUGAGGACGCUUCCCAACGCGUCUGUUGUGGACAACAUCCGCAGCGUCUUCGGAAACCCGGUCAGCAGGGAGCUGAUCGAAGUCGGCUGCCAGGACCAGAAGUUGGCCUUCACCCUGAAGGGCUUCGUCUCCAACGCCAACUACUCCAUGAAGCGAUGCAUCCUGGUCCUGUUCAUCAACCACCGGUUGGUUGAGUCCAGCGCUCUGAAGAAAGCCGUGGAGACGGUUUACGCCGCCUACCUCCCCAAAAACUCACACCCCUUCCUCUACCUCAGCCUGGAAAUCGCUCCGCAGAACGUCGACGUGAACGUUCACCCCACCAAACACGAAGUGCACUUCCUGCACGAGGACAGCGUGAUGGAGAGCGUUCAGAAGCACAUCGAGAGCAAACUGCUGGGCUCCAACUCGUCCCGGACGUACUUCACCCAGACGUUGCUGCCGGGGCUGUCUGUGUCCGGCGGUUCUGAAGUAAAAACCUCUGGAUCCUCUGAGUCCGCCGAGCGCGUCUACGCCCACCAGAUGGUCCGGACCGACUGCCACUCCCAGAAACUGGACGCCUUCCUGCAGCCGAAAGAGAAACCGGCCCCUGACCCAGAGACGGCCGGUCCCAGCAGGUCGCCGGCGGCAACCAGGACUUCAGAGCUGGACAGUCUGGAGCUGGAUGAUGAGGACAUGCUGGAGGCUGCGCUGGAAGAACCUGGUCCAGCAGGUGAAGAGGAACGCAGCGGCGCUGCUGAGGAGGAUCAGAGGAAGCGACCCAGAGAGGAGGAGGAUGAAGAGGAUAAUGAGGGGCUGACGGCUGCCGCCACGCCCAAGAGAAGGGUGAUCAAAUUGACCACCAUCAAGGAUCUGAGAGCAGAGAUCACAGAGAACACACACAGAGGUCUGCAGGAGAUGCUGCAGAAACACUCGUUCGUUGGCUGCGUGGAUCCGCAGUGGAGUCUGAUCCAGCAUCACACGAAGCUCUACCUGCUCAACACAACCGCACUCAGUCGGGAACUUUUCUACCAGAUUCUCAUCUUUGACUUUGGGAACUUCGGCGUCCUCAGACUGUCUACGCCGGUGCCGCUGUACGACCUGGCCAUGCUGGCGCUGGACUCGGCGGAGAGCGGCUGGACGGAGGAGGACGGGCCGAAGGAGGGCCUGGCUCAGUACAUCGUGGACUUCCUGAAGAAGAAGGCGGAAAUGCUGGAGGAUUAUUUCUCCCUGGAGGUCGAUCAGGAGGGGAACCUGACGGGGCUGCCUCUGCUCCUGGAUAAAUACACGCCCAUCAUGGAAGGCCUGCCCUUGUUCAUCCUGCGCCUCGCCACCGAGGUGAACUGGGACAGCGAGAAGGAAUGCUUCCGAGACUUCAGCAAGGAGUGCAGCGCCUUCUACUCCAUCAGGAAGCAGUUCGUCCUGGAGGCCGAGCCGGGCGACGAGCCGGUGAGCAGGUCCAGCCUGAAAGAACCAGACGGGAAUUCCUGGCGCUGGAACGUGGAACACGUUCUGUUCAAAGCUUUCCGAACUCUCUUCAGUCCCCCGAAAAGCUUCAGCGAGGACGGCACCGUGCUGCAGAUCGCCAACCUGCCCGACCUCUACAAGGUGUUUGAGCGCUGCUGAAGACCCAGAUGCUGCCGUUUUAUGCCUGAAACUUUUAUUCUGUAAAUACAUUUAUACCAACCUAAAACACUGAGCUGCUUGGAGGAGUUAAAUGGGAGCCUGUGGAGUAUGGAUGCAAAAAAUGUAUCGACUUAUGAUUAUGUCCUAAGUCUUAAUGGUUUAUUAGAUUAAAUUGAGUUCCUGCUUUUCGGCCGCCAUCCAGCAGAGGGCGCUGCUGGUUAUAUUUACUCAGAUUCAUCACAGUGUUGAUUAAACUUUGAUCUAUUAUCCGCCUGUAAAAACACUUUUUACGGUUUAAACUACCUCUUCGCCGUGACAACAACCCGACUUUCCUCUUGUCGUUUUGUUGCAAUCUGCGACUCUUCCAAAGCCAGAAAGGAAAUGUUUCUACUGCACGAAGAAAUCCUCAUUUUAGGAGUUUUUCUAUAAAGUCUGCUUUUAAUAUUCUACUAGUUUUUUAUUGUUGUAAUAAAUGAUUAAUUUUUCUCUAAAACCUGAAAGAUUUUAGUUAAAUUUUGUUACCUUUCACAAUAAAACAUGUCAUGAGGUACACAUUUAGAAAAUUACUUUAUUUUGUAUCAGUGGAAUUAGAAAAGGCUGCAGACUAAUAAAACUAAUAAAAUCCAAAUAAAGGAUGUUGCACACA